AUCUAGGUACCGUCUUAUCACAAACAUUAUCUACACCAAGUAUUUCAAAUCACACGUUAGCAUUAAGAAUUUAGGUAAAGCAGUAGGUAUUCGACGCCACAUACAGUUGUUUUAGCUUUUUUAACUGCAAGAUUUUUAUUUUCGCUCGUACUGUUUGAAUAUUUUUCGAAUAAAAUGGUUUAUCAAGAGUAUGUUACGUUAGAAAGCAUCAUGGCUCGUAGAAAAUUCUUUUCUUUUCAGGACAAACAACCCAAUCCGAAAUCAGAUUGUUUGCCAACUGAAAUCCACCACCAAACAACGCCUCAGGUUCAUAAAGUCAACUUUACUUGGACAAUAGACGAAUUAGAUUUCCACAUAACGAAAAAGGAGUUCCUUAAAUCGUGCAAAUUUUCAGCCAUCACAAAUGAGGAACGUGAAUGGCGUUUGGCCUGUUUGCCCUACACAGAUACAUUUUAUAAGAGCGACGACGACCACAUGUCAAUCUUUUUACACCUACUCUUCGUUGAGGCUCGUACAGUUGUUAAAGUGGCCGUAAAGCGUGAUAUUUGUUUACUGAAUAGCCAACAGAAAGAAAUAUAUCGCAACAAAAUCCCAAUCCGUCAACUUGCUAGUAACUGGUCAUACUCUACAACUAUUCGUAUUAAAAAAAAACAUAUUUUACCCGGCAACAAAUUAACCAUUCGAUUCAACUUGACGUACACAAAUAUUGACAACUCUAUUUCUAAUAAAAACAAUACACCUACACCGACAGCAACAGCGUCUGGACCACCACGUAAACGUCAAAGUCCCAAAAGCGAACAUUCAAAAAAGCUCUCCUUGCUGGAUAGAAAGGAUAAACUCGAGGACGUUUUAAUUUCAGUCAAGGGUAAGAAUUACUUAGCUCAUGGAGCUACUUUAGCAGCAUGCAGUCCAGUUUUUGCUUCAAUCAUCAAAGCAAAAGAGAAAAAAGGAAAAAUCACUCAAAUAAAGAUUCCUGACGUAAGUGCAGAAGUGUUCGGUGAAAUUUUAACGUACAUUAAUACCGGAAAAUUGUCCUUUGAUAAUGCCACAGAUUUAUUCAUGUUAGCUAAUGAAUAUGGCAUAGAAAAAUUGAGAAUCGAAGUGAUCAACUUUAUGGAUCAGAAAUAUGAGUGGCGAAACACUGUCGGAAUCUGACCAUUGGUCAUCUCCAGCAACGCGCGAGUAAAACAGAACCCAGCAAUAAGUACUUCAUGUUUUAUUUUACAGUUCGGUUGUAAUUUUUGCUCGUGAUCUAUAGAUAUUUCCAAAUAAAAUGAGAAACGAAUACAUAUAAUUUAAGUUAUUUUUAAUUUUUCAGAUGGGUAGGUACCUAAUUACUUUAAUGAUCAUGGAUAGAAAAAAUGUUAUCUAUUGAAUUUUUUUUACUCGUACAAGCAUGAAUGAUAUCUAUUAUUUUUUGAAUACAUAAUUUAGCUGUAA